AGUAGUAGUAGUUCAGUGUAGUUGGAACCUCCGCCUUCAUUUUCGAUGCAGUCGAGGAGGAGGACACACACCCCAGCUUAACACCCUCCAAAACCCAUCUGCUCUCUCUCUCUCACUCUCAUUGUUCCAUUUCUCGCCAUGGCCCAUCUCCUCAACACCUCCUUCCUCCCCCCCUCCCACACCCUCUCCCGCCGCCCCACUCCGUCCCUCUCCUCCUCCUCCGGCCGCCGCAGCUGCUCCCAAGUCCACGCCAAGAUCCGAGAAAUCUUCAUGCCCGCCCUCAGCUCCACCAUGACCGAGGGCAAGAUCGUCUCCUGGGUCAAGUCCGAGGGCGACAAGCUCUCCAAGGGCGAGAGCGUCGUCGUCGUCGAGUCCGACAAGGCCGACAUGGACGUCGAGACUUUCUACGACGGCUACCUGGCCUCCAUCAUGGUCGAGGAGGGCGGCAUAGCCCCCGUCGGCUCCGCUAUUGCUCUCUUGGCCGAGACGCAGGACGAGAUCGCCGAGGCCAAGGCCAAGGCCAGUUCCUCCUCCUCUCCUCCUCCUCCUCCUUCUCCACCGCCGCCGGUUUCGAUCACAACUCCGGAAAAUGCGGCUCCUAAGUUGGCGGCGGCGGCUUCGGAGGGAGGGAGGAGAAUCGUGGCGUCGCCAUACGCGAAGAAGCUGGCCAAGGAGCUGGAGGUUGAAUUGGCUGGAGUAGUGGGAACUGGGCCAAUGGGGAGGAUUGUGGCCAAGGAUGUUGAAGCUUGUGCUGCUGCAGCUCAGGCUCAGGCUCAGACCCCGGCCGCCACAGCGCCUUUGCCGGCAGGGAUUGAGUUGGGGACGGUGGUGCCUUUUACGACGAUGCAGGGUGCUGUGAGUAGGAACAUGAUUGAGAGUCUGUCAGUGCCGACCUUCAGAGUUGGAUACACUAUCACCACUAAUGCUCUUGAUGCCCUCUACAAAAAGAUCAAGUCCAAGGGAGUUACCAUGACAGCAUUGCUGGCAAAGGCGACAGCGCUUGCAUUGGUUCAACAUCCUGUUGUCAACUCUGCCUGUAGAGAUGGUAAUGGUUUUACAUAUAACAGCAGCAUUAACAUAGCAGUUGCGGUGGCAAUCGAUGGUGGGUUGAUAACGCCAGUGCUUCAGGAUGCGCACAAGGCUGACAUAUAUACAUUGUCAAGAAAGUGGAAGGAGUUGGUUGAUAAGGCCAGGGCCAAGCAGCUGCAACCUCAUGAAUACAAUACAGGUACUUUCACUCUUUCUAAUCUUGGGAUGUUUGGCGUUGACCGGUUUGAUGCCAUUCUGCCACCCGGAACUGGAGCAAUUAUGGCAGUUGGAGGAUCUCAGCCUACUGUUGUAGCAUCCAAGGAUGGUGGAAUUGGUAUGCAGAAUCAAAUGCAGGUAAAUGUUACAGCUGAUCAUCGUGUAAUUUAUGGUGCUGAUCUUGCUUCGUUCUUGCAAACCUUGGCAAAAAUUAUUGAGGACCCCAAAGAUCUUACCUUCUAGGCCCAGCAUGUUUUGUCACCAUACCGUGCCCUCUUGGCUUUCUCUGUAUCCUGGAAUUUCCCCAAUGUUUUCCUGUGGGUUAUGUUUCUCUGAUUUUUAAUCAUUUAUCUUUGGCGGGAAGGGUUCCAUUCUAUCAAGAAUAGUGAUAGUAUGAGGAUAAAAGCUUGUUGAGUGUUAGAUUUAGUUCUCCACAAGGUUGUUGCAUACAAUUUCAAACAAAUUUUCUUCAUAGUUCGCUAUAGCAUGAGAUUAGUUGUUGAUUUCGCAACAUGUAUCAGUAAUUGAGAAGACUAAAUGAAAUUUGUAAGUGAAGUAUUUUAA